CUUUAUCAAAGAAGCGUUCCACAGUAGCCUUCAUUGUGCACAGAUUUUUGCUCCUACUCCAGUCAUAAUAUUGUUAAUAAUUGUAAUUACAAAAGCCGACAGUCGAGUCAUACAACAAAAUGAAUCUGGUACAAGAUUUGGAAGAGAGUGAUCUUUUGAAGGGAAAAGAGAAGAAACUACCGUACCCGAAAGCAGUUGGAUUUAUUGUCACCAAUGAGUUCUGCGAAAGAUUUUCAUACUAUGGCAUGCGAACGAUCCUGUCUCUGUACCUCCGCGAUAAACUGGGCUACAGUACCGACGGAGCGACGGUGGUCUAUCACAGCUUCACAAUGUUUGCAUACUUCUUCCCGCUGAUCGGCGCCAUGAUAGCGGACGGAUGGCUUGGCAGAUUCAGAACAAUUUUAUAUUUGUCGUUGGUUUACGCAACGGGCAGUGUGUUUAUCUCACUUGCAGCAAUGCCACCGGUCAACCUACCGCCCUUAACAUUCACAAUAUUGGCGUUGCUGCUCAUUGCUUUUGGGACAGGCGGUAUAAAACCGUGCGUAUCCGCCUUCGGUGGCGACCAGUUCAAGCUUCCCGAGCAGGCGAAGUAUCUCGGAUACUUCUUCUCCCUUUUCUACUUCUCCAUUAAUGCAGGCAGUCUGCUCUCCACUUUCCUCACGCCCAUCUUGAGGGCAGAUGUCCACUGCUUUGGAGAAAACGACUGUUACUCCCUAGCCUUCGGAGUGCCUGGAAUACUUAUGAUUGUUUCUAUCUUAUUCUUCGUGGCUGGCAAACGCCUGUACAUUAUCAGGAAUCCUUCUGGAAAUAUCUUUGGCAGAGUUUCCGCGUGCAUUGGUCGUGGAGUAGUAAAGUCUUUCAAAAGCAAAGAAAAAAGAGAGCAUUGGUUGGAUCACGCGGACGACAAAUACGAGAAAAGCCUAAUCGAUGAUAUCAAAGGCCUCCUGAGGGUACUCGUGCUUUACAUACCCCUGCCGGUCUUCUGGGCCUUAUUUGAUCAACAAGGAUCAAGGUGGACUUUCCAAGCAGACAGAAUGAGGCAAGAUAUCGGCGGCUGGACACUGAAAGCGGACCAGAUGCAAGUGUUGAAUCCUCUUCUUAUCCUGAUUUUUAUCCCUAUAUUCGAAGUGGCUGUAUAUCCAUUCCUCUAUUGGUGUAAACUAGUGAAAAAACCACUACACAAAAUGAUUUGGGGAGGUAUAUUGGCUGCUUGUGCUUUCGUAAUUUCAGGAAUAGUCGAAAUCAAUUUAUUGCCGACAUAUGGUACACCGGUUGCCCCGGGAUUGGCACAGCUUAGAAUGUAUAAUGGUUAUAAUUGCAACUUCACUUUGAACGUUCCUCAUAUACAUGGCAAUGAAACUCAAGCAACCAUUACUCCACUUUCAGUUUAUGAACAUUUGGAUAUAGAAACUGAAAAUGUUUUAGACCUGCCAUACAAUAUACAUAGUCAAGGAGCAGGCGAUUGUGCCGACAUAGUAUACAAUGGUUACUUACACCUAAAGCAAGAAAAAGCUAAUUCAUUCUUCAUUUCUAGAAAUGGAGUAUCUAAUUUUACGGACAAUAAUGACAAGGCCAUCGACAGUGUCAAUGUGAGAUUUUUAUCAAACGUGAACGGAGUGGCGCAAAUAAAACUAGUGGAAAUACAAAAGAACCGAACGAAAUUAACUUUGGCCAGCAAUGAUAUCAAUCAAAAGUCGAUUGAGGCCGGAACUUAUGAUAUUGUCGUAGAUGGACAGACUAUAUUAGCGAGCACUCCCCUAAGGGUGGGAGCAGUUUAUACUUUUAAUUUAUAUCAAGACAACAAUGGAGUCUAUAUGGUCAAUCCUGUGAUGAUAACUCCAUGGAACUCUGUGCACAUACUGUGGCUAGUGCCCCAGUACAUAGUGAUGACGAUGGGCGAGGUGAUGUUCUCAGUGACUGGACUUGAGUUCUCGUUCACGCAAGCGCCAGCCAGCAUGAAGUCCGUCCUGCAGUCUGUAUGGCUGCUCACUGUCGCCUUCGGGAAUCUGAUUGUCGUGCUAAUUGUAGAAGGAAAGUUCUUGGACGCCCAGUGGAAAGAAUUCUUUUUGUUCGCUGGCUUGAUGUUGGCUGACAUGAUGGUUUUCACGGGAAUGGCCUGCCGCUACAAAUACGUGGAGCUAAAGUCCAGCACCGAAGACUUGCCGCAGGUGGAGGAGAUCAGACUUCCAGAGAAGACGAGCCAGAAGCCAGAGUGAUAUCUAAAGAACAAUAAAUAUUUUUAUUAGAGUACCAA